AUGUGCCUCAGCCGGUCCGCCAGCGAGCGCUCUCUCGUCCAGAACGAGCAGAGCAGCAGCAGCAGCCUCGCGGCGUCGCCAGCGCACGCCAAGGCGGCUGCAGCCGCGUCUGCGGUCGAGGCCCAGCUGCGGCAGCGUGCGCACGCGGCCGCGCCAGAGGCGGCGCGGCAGGCCGCACGCCAGUCGCCGCUCCGCCGCGCGCGCGAUGAGUCGUCGGACGACGGCUGGCCCAGCGCAACCUUUGACACUAGCCGCUGGCGCUGGCGCGAGUUUGCGCUCAUCUACGGUGCGUACAUGACGCUGCUGCUCGCGCGCAAAAACUACGGCUUCUGGCUGCCAUCGGUGCUGUCUGAGCUUGGCGCGGGCAAGGGUGAGGCCGGGAUGCUCGGGUCCACCUUUGAGAUCGCGUACGGCUCCUGCGCGCUGCUGAAUGGCAUCUUGAUCGACCUCGCACUCUUGGUGGGCGCGCUGCUCACUUCUGCGGGCGUCAACGUCGCGCUCGGCUCGGCAGGCUCGCUCGGGAUGAUGGCGCUUCUCUGGGGCAGCAAUGGCGUGGCGCAGUCGUUUGGCUGGCCCUCCAUCACAAACGUCUUCCUGGCGUGGUUCCCCGACCCCGCCUCACGAGGCUCGUGGUACUCGCUGCUCUCGACCUGCCAGAACGCGGGCGCCGCGCUGGUGCCCCUCGUCGUCUCCGCCACGGUUGCGCGGUUCGGGUGGCGCGCUGCAGUCUACACGCCGGCGGCGGCGGCGGCGGCGGCGGCGUUCGUGCUGGCCGCUCUGCUGUUUGGCUCGCCGGCGGCGGUCGCAGCGGUGCACGGCAAGGGGGAUAUGCAGGUAGCGCGCGACGCGCCGCAGCGCAAGCUCGGCGGCUCGGGGCGCGCGAGGGGCGCGUCGUACUUUUGCAUCUCGCUCGUGCGCACGUCGCUCUCCGACUGGAGCGCCAUCUUCCUGGAGGAGGCCAAGGGCAUGCAGAUGCACACGGCUGCCCGCUGCCUCUUCGCCAUGGAGAGCGGCGGCUUCGUCGGCUCGCUCGUCGCCGGCGCGGCUUCGGACCGCUUCUUCGCCGGCCGGCGCGGCCCCGUCGUCUGCAUUUGCUCCUCGCUGCUCGUGCCGGCCCUCGUCGCCAUCCUCGUGCUCGACAGCCCGCUGGCGCUCCAGGCGGCCUACGCGUGGGUUGGCUUUUGCGCUUUCCCGGUGCACGUCCUGCUCGGCCUCUUCUCGCGCGAGGUGACGCCGCAGCACCUCUCAUCGUCGGCGGGCGGGUUUGUCAAGUGCAUCGCACAGGUCGGAGGCGCUGUGGCCGGCCUCCCGCUCGGCUUUCUGCAGCAGCGCGCGGGCUGGCGAGGGGUCUUCCUGCUCACGGCUUGCAUCUCAGCCGCGUCUGCGCUCGCGACGCUCCCCCUCUGGUUCACUAUGGCGCAGGGCGCGACCAUCACCGCCCGCCACGGGACCGUCGCGGACUUCCAGCAGAUGCAGCAGGCGGGCAGCGGGCGCGCGUGCGGCGGCGGUGGCCUCGCCGCGCUGGACUCGAGCUCCCGGCCGCUCCGCGCCGCCGACAAGAAGCGGCUGUAGUUGGUGCGCGCACAUGUUUGUUCUUCGCGCGGUGUGGGGGGGCAGGGGCCGGAGGGCGCGGUGUCGUUCUCCUGUCACCUCCUUGUUUGUCUCAAUGUCCGCCUGGGUCCGGGUCCUGCAGCGCGGCACA